CAGUGAUAUGAAACACAUACGGUUAUUAAGUACAUCAUCAGAAAAGCAGAAAGUUUUACCAACAUAAUAAAAGGAUUUGAAUACAAAAAUGUGUAUUAACCAUUUUUGCUUAUUGAUUCUAUUUUUUAAUGUUUAUGAAGGGAUAAGUGUAGAAACAGUGUGUCAAAAUCGAGGACGUUUUCCAAACAAUGAAGAUCUAGACUGCCGAGGAUACACUAUGUGCUUGAUGGGUGCUGGAGGUUACGCGAAGUUUGAUCUUCUUUGCCCGGAAAACUCUGUCUAUAGUCAUCAAGAAAACCAAUGCACUAACGUUACUACAUACCAAUGUCUACCUGAAUAUAAUUGCACUCAAGAAGGCAAUUUUGUCUACCAAUCUAGUGAAAAUUGCACAUCUUACGUAACCUGUGUUAAAGAUUUAAGAGAUAUAAUAACAGCAAGACUUAUUUCUUGUGAAUUCAAUGAAGUAUUUAGUCCCUCACAAAUGAUGUGUGUUAAUGAAACUUUAUAUAAAUGUAAUUUCAAAACUGAACCGCCCAAAGUUCUUGAGGUCUCGAUCGAUCAGUUGCCGAACUUAUCAGGAAAUUUCUCUCUUAAAAACAGUGCCACACGCUUGAGCAAGCUUCUUGCAACAAAAAUUACCUUCAUUGCUUUAAUAAUUUUAAAAUAAACAUCUGAAAAAUUUA